AUAUAAUGUUGCUCCCAACUCUUCUGAUGCACAGUCCACUGCUAUAGUGAAUAUGAUCUGAAACCGUCAAAAUCUACAAAGAAAUGGUGGCUCAAAGAGAGAGCUUCACCUAAUUACCUCACUUGAAAUCAGGCAGCAGCAGUAGUGUUGGAGCAAGUUUCAGAGUAGAAGAGAAAUAUGGCAACUCCAGUUGAGCCUCCAAAUGGGGUUAGAUCCCUGGGGAAGCAUUACUUUUCCAUGUGGCAAUCUCUGUUUGAGAUUGAUAUGAAAUAUGUACCUAUAAAGCCUAUUGGUCGAGGUGCGUAUGGCAUUGUAUGUUCUUCUAUUAAUAAGGAAACUAGUGAGAAGGUUGCAAUCAAGAAAAUUCACAAUGUCUUUGAAAAUCGUAUUGAUGCACUGAGAACCUUGCGUGAACUGAAGCUUCUACGCCAUCUUAGACAUGAAAAUGUGAUUGUCUUGAAAGAUGUGAUGAUGCCUAUCCAUAGAAGAAGUUUUAAGGAUGUCUACUUGGUAUAUGAACUCAUGGAUACUGAUUUGCAUCAGAUUAUCAAGUCCUCUCAAACUCUUACAAAUGACCAUUGCCAAUAUUUCCUCUUCCAGUUGCUGCGAGGCCUGAAGUAUCUCCACUCUGCGAACAUUCUUCAUCGUGACCUGAAGCCUGGAAACUUACUUGUGAAUGCAAACUGUGAUCUAAAAAUUUGUGAUUUUGGUCUUGCACGUACAAACAAUGAUAAGGGCCAGUUCAUGACAGAGUAUGUGGUUACUCGGUGGUACCGAGCGCCAGAGCUCCUUCUCUGCUGUGACAACUAUGGGACCUCAAUUGAUGUCUGGUCUGUUGGUUGCAUCUUUGCUGAGCUUCUUGGGAGGAAACCUAUUUUUCCGGGCACAGAGUGCCUCGAUCAACUUAGGUUGAUCAUUAACAUCCUUGGGAGCCAGAAGGAAGAUGACAUUGAGUUUAUUGAUAACCCAAAGGCUAGGAAAUACAUCCGUACACUUCCAUAUUCUCCAGGGACACCUUUUUCUCGCCUUUAUCCUCAUGCUAAUCCUUUGGCCAUCGAUCUGCUGCAGAAGAUGCUUGUAUUUGAUCCAACAAAAAGGAUUAGUGUAACAGAAGCUCUUCAACACCCCUACAUGGCUCCCCUGUACGACCCAAGUUGUGAUCCUCCAGCUCAGGUCCCAAUCAAUCUCGACAUAGAUGAAGAUUUAGGGGAGGAGAUGAUAAGGGAAAUGAUGUGGACAGAAAUACUUCAUUACCACCCUGAAGCCGCUUUAGCUGAUCUGGAGGUUGGUAAUUGAAUUUGAUCUUCCUUUCUAGCGAACUAGUUUUGGAAUUGGCUUUGUUUGUAAUUUUAGAGCCACUUUCUUUCAUUUCUUUGUCUUUGUUUACAAAAUAAUCAUAACAAAUUGCAUCUGCAGUUUGAGCUGUGAUGCUUGGUGUGCUUAAACAGAUCUCAUGAGGUGAUUUUUGACCUUGGACUUCUGAAAAAGCGCAUCAAUGUUGUAUAUAGAUGUUUGUUGUGAUAGGCCUUGGUGCUAUGCCAUUAAAUGUUCUGGCUGUAAACUUAUUAUGGAUAAAAGUUAAUCCAACUGCUACAAGUUGGUUUGUAAUGUAUUUUGAAAUGAAAUUAACUUCCUUGAGAAGCAUGUGGCUUUGCUUA